AUGUUUUCUUUUGAUUUUUUGCACCUAAUUCUGGUCUUAUUGCUGUCGGGGGUUUCAAACGCGGUUCCUGCAGUAUCAUCCACGGCCGUCUCCGCACCAAAUCCUCAAUCAACAGCAUGCGAUACGUUCAUCUUUGAGGCUAGCUUAGCAUACGAGUGCCUCACCAGUGUCCCGUUCAAUCCAGCAGUCGCAACGCGCUUCAUUCAAUACUAUAAAGAUACUUUACAGUUCCAAAGCACUUUGACCUACUUAAAGAAUCCACCAGCUGGUUAUCAACAACCGGGCGUCGAUUUGCUCGGGGGACUAGAUCAGUUACAGGAUGGUAUCACAAGAGGAAUUUUUCCAAAUCAGUACGAGUUUGAGGCGGCUCUACAAACUCUCUUGAUCGCAGCUCACGAUGGUCAUACUGGUCUGAUUGCAGGAAUCCUCUCCGCAUUCAGUUUCGCUAGUCCAUACGAUUUGGUGACGCUCUCGGUUGACGGGACUCAACUUCCAAAGGUCUAUGUAGCAGAGGAUGUAUUCGAUAGCUUGUCUUUCACAACCUAUCAACCUUCGGCAGUAACGUCGAUAAAUGAUCAAGACGCAAUCACUUAUCUGACCGAUUUCGCGAACAAGAACUCGGCCGGAACCCUAGAGCCUCACGCUGAUUGGAACCAGUUGAUGCUUAGCGCGGCACAGGAUAUCCAAGGAGUUUUCGAUGUCUUCAGUGGUGGAGCGACCUUUUACCCAGGGGACACAGUAACCUUUGGCUUUGAGAAUGGUAGCUCGAUUACCGAGAAGUUCCUGGCCAUCUACAAUUCACCUGGUUCCACCGGACCGCUCCAAACGGGUGGCGACUUUUUUAACUUCUUCGUCCUAGGCUUCUAUCCUGCUUCGUUCUUUGAAGAUGAUGAUGAUGAUGACACCUCCAAUCCUGCCGCAGCGUCUUCGGCUGCUACGCCAACUUCCAGCGCCCAAGCUUCAACCGUUACCUCUCCAGCAGCACCUACCAAUACUAAAUGGGACUCACCCGCCUAUCCUGACGACCCUGAUGUGUUCCAGAAAGAUCUAGGAGAAUUUGGCGGAGGAUUUGUGUCAGGAUACUUCCUAAAAUCAACCUCAACAUCAGUUCUUAGUAUCCCCAGUUUCGACGAACAGGGGGAAGCAAUCGGCACAUUCGAAGAUACUAUCAAGGAUUUCAUCACAAAGACCAAAGCGGCAGGCCUGUCAAAAGUGGUUAUCGAUCUUCAACAAAACCUUGGGGGCCAACCUCUGCUUGCAAUCGAUACUUUCAGGCAAUUCUUCCCCGAUAUUAACCCAUUCGGCGGUUCUAGAUUACGUGCUCAUCCCAUGGUUGACCUGAUGGGUGAAACGAUAACUGGGUAUUGGAAUUCUUUGAGUACCGUCGAUGAGGAUUACAGUUUUCUGGCGGCCAACGAGUUUGUAGCGACGGAUCGUAUAAAUGCUGAGACUGACAAGAAUUUUACUUCUUGGCCGGAGUUCUUUGGUCCCAAUGCUUUUAAUGGGGAUAAUUUUACUACUACUCAACGCUACAACCUGUCGAGUCCUGUCUUUAUCGAAGCAAGCACAGCAAGCAACAAUCCGUCUUUUGGGGUGUUUGGGUUCGGUAGAGAUGCUGCAACAUAUACUACUCCACCGUUCGCAGCAAAAGAUAUCAUCAUCCUUUCCGAUGGUAUAUGCAGUUCCUCAUGCGCUAUAUUCAUGGAAAUGAUGCGCCAUGAAGCUGGAGUACGUACCGUCGUGGUUGGUGGAAGGCCCACCACAGGAUCAAUGCAAGCACCAAGUGGAACUCGGGGCGCUCGAGGCUUAUCUAUCUCUACUCUUGACGCCAACAUAGAAGUCACACAAUUCCUCCUCACAAACCAGAGUUCACCCAAAGCUGCUCAGUUACCAAAUCGAACCGAGACACAGAGUAUUUUCGUAGUGUACGGCAAUAUCAACCUCCGAGACCAAGUUCGAAAAGACGAAACAAUCCCAUUACAAUUUGCAUACGAAGCUGCCGAUUGCCGUAUCUUCUACACCCCUCAGACAGUAUAUAACUAUACCGCCCUUUGGCAAAUGGCCGCUGAUUCGAUCUGGACCAAACCCUCGCUCUGCAUCGCAGGCUCUGCAAGUACCACAGGCCAAGCCUCAACCGGUCAAAUCAUAAACUCAUUCAUUAACCCCUCCAGCUCUUCAGCAGGCAUACCAAUUCCACCAUUCAACUUGACGGCCUACCUAGCCCCUUUAAAUAUUGCCUCUUCAUCCACCUCCGCGGCCCUGAACGAUGGGCUUACAGCGACCGAUUUCGGCAUCGUACGCGGAGACGGAAAAGCCACAACGAAAGCCUGCACCUCCAAUGAGGACUGUAAAGGAAAAAAGGCUUUUUGUAGAGAAGUACCGUCUUGCGUUGAUGGUACACCGGUAAUGCGGUGUGUUGAUGGUUGUACGCCGGUGAUAUCGCAGGGUGAAGGCAAUGGGAGGCCGUGUACUGGUCAGUUCACGGGGGCUGGGUUGUGUAGAAGGCAGGUCACUUCUGUGCACAAAGUAGGGAGUACGAAAGCGUUCUCUGGGCUUUGUAUACCAAAGACUGCUAGUCAGCCUUGCGGGAAGAAGGCGUCUAACCUUGGAGGGAUCAAGUUGCCUAGUUAA